AUGCAAGGGAAACCAAUGUCAGUGCUCCCAUUCACCGACCUGGUCAAACCUCCAGUGGAGCACGGACGGGGCAAGGAAUUCUUGGAAGAGUUGGAAGAUGAACCGCUGGGGAAAAAACUUUGGCUUGCAGUUCUGGAAGAGAACUUGGGGCAGGUGGUCGAAUUGCUGGCACAAGGCGCUGACGCGAACUGGCGCACCGAGCACGGCUCCGUUCUCUCUGCGGCGCUCGCGGCGAAGAAGGCCGCCCUGGUAGCGCCCAUCCUCGAGGCCAAAGCCUCCAUUGGUGAGCACGACGUGGGAGCUUUGAGUCGGCUGUUUCGGGGGGAAGGCCCCGCCUCCACCGACACGGUGGAGAUCUUGCUGCAACCGCAGGGCGACUGCAACGCUUGA